UACAAACCGGUUCACCAUCAGCCUGCCUGUGUGUGUCUGUGCGUGUGUGUGUGUGUGUGUGUGUGUGUGUGCACGGGGAGAGAACAAGUCGGAACACUUCAGAUCUCGUCAGAUGGGAGCAGCUCAACAUUUGUCUAUGCUGGUGUGAAAUGUGACCAACAGUUUGCGCUCAAAGUCUUUGUCAUAUUAAUACAGGCGCGUUCAUGUAGCUCCAAACAGCAGGAUUACAAAGCGUUUUUAUUCUAAGAAGAUGAAGCCAUAAAUUCAGUGUGUCGCGAGGUGGAAGCUGAUUUUUACUCCAACGAUUCCCGUCGAGAUGGAAAGUGCCAACACUCCCUGAAGACGAGAUGGGAAAAUGGGAGUUAACUAUGAACCCAGUGCAGGAAUGGGGUGAGGAGGUCGAGGAUGGCGCAGUUUAUGGAGUCACGCUGCGUCGGGAGCCCGUCCCCUUCUCCCCCGACCUCAGCGAGAAGAGUCCAUGCUGCGCUUUUGUGCAGUACCGAACCUGCAAGGUGCGGCGUCUGAAGGCCGCGACCCUGGACCUUCUUGUGAAUCACCUCCUGGACCCUGGCUGCCAGGAGCAGGACUACAGCAGGAUCUUCCUCUCCACGUACAGGACCUUCACCGGCACCUCAGAGCUCAUAGAGCUGCUCUUCCAGAGAGACAAUGCUGCGUCAGAUCUGGACAACAGCGAAUGCUACAGGAGCCCUCUGCUGGCCUUUGUCCAGACAUGGUUGGAUGAUUACAGCGAGGACUUCAGGGAUCCUCCCCUGCACCCGGCGCUCAGGCAGCUGUUGGAUCACCUGAGGAUCAGCUCCGCAGUUCACGACAACAUGCGCAGCCAGCCGAACUUUAGCUCGCUGGCUUCACAAGCUGAGGCACUGCUCAUGAGGUUACAGAAAGAAGGAGCUGAGACAAUUGUCAGUCCUGCCAGGGCAGAUCUGGAGCAUGACGAGGAGGCUUCUGGUGACGAGGAUUCAGGAUGUGAAAACUCUCUGGAUGUAGGCAGCAUCAUGGAUUUCUCCGUCUCAGCCAUUGCAGAACAGCUCACCCGAAUGGACUCUGCUCUGUUUGUCAAAGUGGUGCCGUACCAGUGCCUGGGCUGUAUGUGGUCGCAAAGAGACAAGAAGGAAAACAUGUCUCCCACCAUCCGGGCCACCAUCGCACAAUUCAAUGCCAUCACCAACCAGGUCAUCAUGUCCCUUCUCUGCCAGCCGACAGACGCCACCUCUAGUCCCACUUCCUCUCGCCGGCCUCUCACUACGCCAGCUCAGAGGGCUCGCAUCAUAGAGAAGUGGAUCAGAGUAGCUCAGGAUUGUCGUCGGUUAAAGAACUUCUCGUCUCUGAAGGCGAUCCUGUCGGCCCUUCAGUCCAACGCAGUCUACAGGCUGAGAAAGACCUGGGCUGCUGUCAGCAGGGACAGCAUGGCCACGUUUGAUAACCUCUGGGAAACCUUCCCCGAUGAGAACUGUGUCCUGACCAACAGAGAGCUGCUGGUGGAGGACGGAGGACAAGCUGCGACUGUGGAUAACGUUUCUCCAAAGAUAUCCAAGCGGUGUCCGAUCUCCAGACAGAUGAGCACCUCCAGUGGAGUGGUUCCCUACCUUGGCACCUACCUGACCGUCCUCACCAUGCUGGACACCGCUCUGCCAGACACUGUGGAGGGUGGGCUCAUAAACUUUGAGAAGAGGAGGAGGGAGUUUGAGGUUUUGUCACAGAUCCGUGUGCUGCAGGCAUCCUGCUCCCAGUACAACCUGCCUCAUCACCCCAGAAUCUCCACCUGGCUGCAGGGACACAAGCUGCUCACCGACCAGGAGAGCUACGAUCUGUCGAGACAGCUGGAGCCUCCGGUGGACUUGUGUUCGCCGACUCCGUGGAGCCACCGCACGCUCACAAAGAAACUCUCCUCUCUCCUAACAGUGGGUGAGGGAUCUAAAAAAGUUCCCGCUGACCAGAUCAGCGUCUCCUCCUCUGGAUCCAGUGGAUCUGAGCUGGAGGAUCUGUCCUCCCCGAACUCAGCCUGCUCCAUCAGACUGCAGUCUUUUCACAGCUCUUGCAACAACGUUUCCGAGGCCUUCUCUUCCUGCUCGUCCUCCUCGUCCUCAUCCUCCCCCUGCUCCACCGCGUCUUCCUCUCCAGACUCGCCGACUCCUUCCAGCUCCUCCGACUGCCGGACGGAUCUCUGCUCCUCAGCUGCAUCCUGUGGCGGCGCUCGGCCGAAGCCCACUCUGGCCUCCAUACACAAGCGCUCCGUGUCCAUGACCUCGCUGCCGCAGUACAACCGUCAGGUGGCCGACUCCUGUAUAGUGAGGGUGAGCGUGGACCUGGGACACAACAACGGCAACAUGUACAAAAGCAUCCUGUUGACCAGCCAGGACAAAACUGCCCAGGUGAUCCAAAGGGCGCUGGAGAAGCAUCACCUCGAGCACAUGAACUGGCAGGACUUCUCUCUGACACAGGUCAUCUCUCAGGACAGAGAGUUGCACAUACCGGACAAAGCCAACGUCUUCUACGCCAUGUCCACAACGGCAAACUUUGACUUUGUUUUGCGGCACUUUGCCAAAGGCCAGAAGAAGCCGCUGAAGGCCACGAUGAGUCUGGGACGAUACACAAAGUAGAGCCAAGUCCUGCACCUGGAAGAUGAACUAGACUGUUUAAUAAUUGAUUUAUAAGACAAGUAUGUUCUCCACGAUGGUCCAUCCUUUUUCUGGAUACCAAAGAGGUUUUUAUGGAACUGUAGGACCCCAGGAAGACUAAGGGCACUUUCAUGUGUUUCUAAUGGGGAUCCUUGAAUAAACAAGAUGAUGCAAAAGCACUUUAUGAAGAAGAAAGCUCACCUCAACAGAACCUGACGGAGCUCAAAGAAACAUUUGGAUCAGACAGGCUUUCAUUUCCUGCUGGAAUAAACUUGGGACAAAUCCUAAAGACAGGAAAAAAGGAACUCAUUCCUCAACUUUCUCUCUGAGAUGUGUUCGUCACAUGGUUUUAUCCAACCCAGUCUCCAGAAUAAAAUGUCAGCAUUGUGCGUUUCUGCAAACCUCGGAAAUGUUAGGUUUUUACGUUUCAUAUAUGUCAGCGUUUCGAAAAUGACGUAGUAUGUUAGCUGUCAUCGAGAGGUGGAGGGGAGGGUGAAGAUGCCUGCCUGGCUGCCAGUCGCUGCAGACGACUCUUGAGACGACCAAACUACAAAACCAGUUGUUUUUUAGCGAGUCAUUACUGCAUUUUCAGCAGCUCUUUAGCACCAAACAUGGGUGUUUUUUCAUUUUUGUCGCUGCCGUCACUUAAUUAAAUGCUGUGAAACGUGGUUGUUUUUUACCAAGGCAUUUGUGUGUUUCCUGACGGGAUAGUGCCACAAGAAGCGGUUAGUUUUUACCAAGACGUUCCUGCCAGGAUAGUGCCAUGAGAAGUGGUUGUUUUUUACGAAGAUGUCACUGCGUACCCUGCCAGGAUAGUGCCAAGAACAGCACUUGUUUUUUACAAAGACGUCGCUGCAUUAUCUGCUGGGAUAGUGCCAUGAAAAGCAGUUGUUUUUCACUAAAACAUCGUAGCGUUUCCUGUUGGAUAGUGCCAUGAAAAGCGGGUCUUUUUUACCAAGAUGUCACUACAUUUCCUGCCAGGAUAAUGCCACGAAAAGUGGUUGAUUUUUACCAAGACAUCAUUGCAUUUCCUGCCGGGAUUGCUGCUUAAAAAGCGGCUGUUUUAUAUCAAGAUAUAGCUGCAAGUCCUGCCAAGAUAGUGCCAUGAGAAGCGGUUGAUUUUUACGAAGAUGUCACGACGCUUCGUGCCAAUAUAGUGCCACGAAGAGUGGUUGUUUUUUACCAUGACAUCAUUGCUUUUUCUUCAGUCAUAGUGGCAUGAAAAGCAUGUUUUACACCCAAGACAUCGCUGUGUUUCCAGCCAGGAUACAGCCACCGUUCUCUGCUAGAAAUUUUAAGCCAUAACAUGUUUUUUCCAAACCAUAACCAAGUGGCUUUACUGCCUAAACCUAACCAUGUUGUGAAACAUGAAGUUUUAAGGUAUGCUCAGUAAAGUUACUGACGGAUCCAUGGUUUGCAGAAAUAUACAAUGGCAACAUUUCUUCUGGGCGACUGGGUUGAAUAAGUUCAUGGAUGCAAAUGCUGGUUGAUUUUCGCUCUGAGCUGUUCGAUGUCAACACGCCACAUCAGUGAACUAUUUAUACAUGAACAUUUAGAAAAGCCCGACCAUCUCCCUGCACAGCUGGGCGCCAUUAAUAACCCGUCUGUUAAAAGGGAAUGGGGGUCAGAUGCUGUGUGAAGGGCGCACAGUUGAUAAUGAACUCCCGGGGCUCCUCAGCAGGUUGUCAGCCACUUGAGAUGAGAUCACCGGUGUGGCAUGCCGAUGCCAUCUGAGGAGAGGGAGGGGACGUUCUCAGCAGGGAUCACUGUGUACCCGGGGGAGUUUCAGCCCGGCUCCUGCGGCGUUGCUGUGAUACUCAUCGUGUGAGGCGAGCAGCCCCGACUGGAAGGAUGGCAUUCCUGAGCCGUGGUUACCAUGGCAGCAGCAGCAGAGACUUUGAUGGACGGGACUGGGACGCACACAUGCAAGUGUCUGCUGUAUCUAGAUGAGACAACAAUAGGGGUGAUCUGUUGUGUGUGUGCUUUCAGUGUUUCAGUGCAAUGACGAAGCAAGUUUGACUUUUAGAGUUUAGAUUUUUUUUUCUAAUGUUUUGUAUUUAUUUUCACUGUGGUUCACUUUGUGGUUCACUUUAAUCGCACCUUCAUUUGAUUGACAUGUUGUGAUGGCACAUUGGUGGCUUCAAGUUUAAAAAAAAAAAAAAAUCAACACAAACUUUACUUUAAAACAUCUCCGAUUAGUGACGUUAAAAGUUUAAAGAUGUUGUAUUUUCUGAUGAAUAUUGAGAAUAUUUAAAAUUUUAAUGAGAAUAUUUUAAUUUUUAAGAAUAAAAGUGUUUUAUUUUUUACUUAAAUUGUAACAUGUGGUUCAGAUGAGUGAAGCUUGGAUGUUACUGGUGCUUUAAUGGCUUGAUUUAAAGCCUUACGAGGACAUCAGAUGUAAUCAUUUCAAUGACGUCAGAUGACGCACAGACUCUCCUGGGGUAGCUGAUAAUCAUCAUUUUUCUAACAGUUAAUGCUUCAAGGAGGAAUUACAUUCUCAACGGACACACUAAAAUCACAUGUUUAAUAACUCUGCAGGCCCCGUGUAUGAACUCAGGGGCUGUGGAGGUAAGAAACGCAGAACUCAGUGACCUAUUCUGUCUGCACACAUCUUUGUAAUAAACACCUUUGUCUUACCAAAACUGCUUUUUGUUCACAUUUGUGAUAAUGAAGAGAACACCACAGCUGUAAAACAAAGAAAUAAAUAGGUUUAAAAAAAACUGUUUCCACACUGUAUUGACAACUUCCUAAUAAACACUUUCAGUCCUGUU